CUAACGGUUUGAUAUCGAUGAUUUUCUUAUGCCGCAAAUGAUACGUCUACCGCUACCGAAAUAUGAGCCGUCGAAAACCAAUAGAAAAUGAUGAUCCCAUUCACACUGGAAACGGAACGGAAACUUCAAUAGAGACCAAAUGUCAACGCGGCGAGUUCGAAAAACAAAAGGAAAAAUCCCCAAAAAAAAAAUUUCAGUGGAGAAGCUAGGGCAGCUUUUGAUUCAGGAAACCAAGUUCUUGUCCGAAAUUGGAGGUGAAAUCGAGUGGCUUCGAACUGAGCUUCGAUGGAUGGAGAGCUUCCUCAAAGAUGCAGAUGCUAAGAGGAGGAAAGGGGAUGAGAGGGUCAAGAACUGGGUGAGGGAGGUACGAGACGUUGCAUACCAAGCCGAAGACGUUGUUGACCUCUUCUUCCUGCAGAAUGAUAGUAAGCAAGGAGCAAUAGCAGAGUUCUUCCGGAGCUACAUUUGCUUUCUCUCUGAUCUAGUGGGCCUCCAUGAACUUGGUGUUGAGAUUUCGCAAAUAAAAAGCAAAGUCCUUAGGAUUUGUGAAAGCAGAGAUGCUUAUGGCAUUGUUAGUCUAAGCGAAAGCAGAGAGCAGUCAAGUUAUUCAGCAGUUGAUGCGAUGCUUCAGGUUCGCAGGCAAUCAUCUCCGCAUCUUGAUGACGACAUGGUUGUUGUCGGCUUUGAUACUUACAAGCAGUUUAUACUCGAACUUCUGUUAGACACUAAUAUAGCGAGGCGCUGUGUGAUCUCAAUUGUUGGUAUGGGUGGUCUUGGCAAGACAACUCUUGCCACGAUGGUCUACAACAGUAGCGAAGUCGAAACACAUUUCAGUAUUUGCGCGUGGAUCACCGUCUCUCAAGAUUAUAGGGUGAGUGAGCUUCUGAAAAACAUAAUGAAAAGGGUCAUGGGUACAGUCUUUACAGGGGAGCAUUACGAAAGGCUGGAGAACCUGGAAGAAGAUGAGCUGAAAUCAAAAUUGUACAACUUCUUGAAGCAAACAAGGUACUUGAUAGUCUUGGAUGACAUCUGGGCGCAAGAAGCAUGGGAACAAAUAAAGGCUGCAUUUCCUAAUGCAAAGAAUGGUAGUCGGGUUCUGCUCACGACUCGUCUUAUGGAUGUGGCAAGGUCUGCUGACCCGAGAGUCCCACCCUAUGAGCUACCAUUUCUAACUCAUGAGCAGAGUUGGGAGCUGUUUCUUAAAAAGGCUUUUCCGUCUGACCAAGAUUUUACACCGAGCUGUCCAAAGGAGUUGGAGGAAUUGGGCCACGAGAUUGUAAAGAGAUGUGGUGGUUUGCCACUUGCUGUGGUGGUGUUAGGUGGUCUCCUCUCAAGAAAGGAACCUGCCUUCAACACUUGGCUGGAAGUGGCUGAGAAUGUGGAUUGGGAGUCCACACGAGAUGGUCAGCAAUGUUUGCAGAUAUUAGCUCUGAGUUAUAGUCACUUGCCAGAUCACUAUUUGAAGUCGUGCUUUCUCUAUCUAGGAUGUUUUCCUGAGGAUUACCAGAUGAAAGCAUCGGAAUUGAUCCGGUUGUGGAUUGCAGAGGGUUUCAUUCCUCAAAGCGGGAGGCAAACACUGGAAGAAACUGCGAAGGGCUAUAUGGAAGAGCUAGUUCAGAGGUGCAUGGUUCAAGUUGUUGAUAGGAGUGCAGCCACCAGAAAGGUUAAGCAUUUACGUAUCCAUGAUCUCGUUCGUGACGUGUGCAUUACUGAGGCUAAAGAAGAUGGCUUUUUUAGGAUUUUCAGAAACUAUGUUGGCACUGCAGAGCAUGACGUUGCUGCUUCUCGUCGCUUGGUUAUUUUCGACAAAGCUCUCAGUGGUGACUUCCAUUAUUCAGUAUGCAGAGCACGGACAGUUUUGGCUUUCAAUUCAAAGUCAAUCAAUGCAAUGAUUUUAACCAAUAUUCUGCUUGGGUUUAAGUUGCUUAGAGUGAUUCAUUUGAACUGUCCGCCAGAGGUUGAAUUUCACAAAUUAAAGUUACCUAAUGAGAUAUCAAGCUUGAUACAUUUAAGGUAUAUUACACUGAGAACCAGAAGGCUAUGGUACCUUCCAUCCUCCAUUGGAAAUCUAUGUAAUUUACAAACCUUGAAUGUAAGAGAAACAAGUAUUUGCACUCUACCAAAAACGAUAUACAAGAUCCAAACUCUGAGGCAUGUAUACACAGCAGAUGCAGGUGUGUGUUCAUCAUCCAUUGGAAACCUUGCAAGCCUACAGACCCUAAAAGUUGUUAAAGCAGGAAGCUGGAUACAAAACAGUCUUGCAAAGUUAUCAAGCCUUCGCAAACUGGCGAUCUCAGAAAUUUCAAUAGAUGUGAUUACCACACUUUCUGAUUCACUUCCUAAACUGAAUCAUCUCACCUCCUUGAACCUUAGGACUCAUCAAUCCAUACCAGCUUCCCCUCUUUUCACUUCCUUGCCAAGCUAUCAGCACCUCUGUAAAUUGACCCUUGAGGGCUCAUGGACUGGUAUCUGUAAACUCCCUCAGAAUCUCAUCAGCCUCUCAUUGCUCUGUUGCAAACUGGACAAAGAUGCAAUAGCUGCAUUAGAGAGAUUACCAAGCCUUUCAUUUCUCAACCUGGAUUCCUGUGAACUUGCACAAGACGAAAUGGUGUUUUCUGCUGGUGGGUUUCCCCGACUACAGAUCUUGCUUGUUAACCAUUUGGAUGCGCUUAGAUACUGGAGAAUUGAAAGUGGAGCUAUGAGUGACCUUACUGAUUUAAGAAUAAAAAACUGCAUAAAGUUGAUGAAACUGCCAGAUGGAUUAGAACACUUGUCUCUAAAGAAUUUGGUGAUGAAAGGCUUCCAACCAAAUAUCAUGCGAAGACUUAGUAGUAUGGGACCUGAUUGGCAUAAGGUUGAACAUAUACCCUCUUUGAUGAUUGACCCAACCACUGGGGAAUAAUAUGGGAGAGAGUUGGCUGGUAAGUAAAUAGUUCUUCUCCGAUUUUUUUCAAUCUACCUUCAGUUUCAGGGCCAUUGGGUAUGAUGUUUCCCUCCAUUUCUUUGAUUAUUUUCGGAACGAAAAAAGUAGCAUGCUUUGUGUUCCAUUCUUUUUUCAUAAUUAUGGGUCUCAAUUUGUUUAGCUAGCCUUUGUACUUGACCUUUCAUAGUCUGGAGGCAUUAGGUAAAAGGCUCUGAAUAGUGCAGCCAUUAUUUCAAAGUCAUGUUACGUAAAGAUUUAAGUGACUUGAGUGUCAUCCAGAUUUAUGCCAGACCCUUUGAAAUAAAGGAGAGAGUAAAUGUAUUUUUGGGUCUUUUAUGUGAGAGCAUCGUGAUGUUUAUGUUGUUAUAUGAAUUGGGUAGUAGAUUUUCAAAUUUUCUC